UUCGUGAGUCUAACCGACCACAUGACGAAAACAUUGAGGAUGUGGAUGUCAACGGGAUUAUGAUACACACUGUAAAGGACCCGAUGUGAAGGACUUAUUUACUCUUUUCUUGCAAGUUCUUCAAGAUGAUUGAGUCCUGCUCGAAGAAACGAAUGGUUAUAGCCAUCGCCUGCCUUAUUAGUUUGUCAGUGCUUGUUUUGAUUAUUGAGAAUGAGCUAGCUCCUAAUGACACACGCCCCCACACCCACACCACUGCUCACCCCAACAUGACGCAGCGAGAUAUGUGUUACCUGCGUGAAGAGUUUAAUGAGCUUGAAGAGUGUCAGCCAUGUUCAGACCUUGAAACUAAAAGUGGAAGUCCAACAGUGUGUGGGUCAGCUAGCUAUCGCCAAAAAAUAAAAUGCAAAAAGACUGGAGAAGUUUUCAGAAAAUGUGACCGUGUGGUAUGGUUAGAAGAGCGGCACUUUUGGAUCUUUGAGACAGUCAUGGGGGUUGUUGGGUUAGCAUCAGGUCUGGCAACAGUGUUUAGACAAAAGGUGUUAGACCAUCGCAUUUUGCAAAGAAUACAACGACAGGUGGCAGCUGGAGUAUAAACUAUUUUUCUUUAUUGAAUGAUUGAUGUUAUUUGUUUUAUUUAUACUCUUGUAAUAAAUAUCCUGUACUUUUCAGUGCAUUUGUUUGCAGAAAUUGGGAUGUAUAUCAAGAUUAACAAAAUAUUGAUAAUUAGUAUUUUUAAUGGAUGAUAAGCAGUUAGUUCAUAUUUAUAAUUAUCAUUAUUAUUAUUAUUGUAAUUAUUAUUAUUGUUAUUAUUGCUAUUAUUAUUAUUUGUUUUACUUGCAGUGUUUCAUGUCCUUAAAGUUUGAAUAUUGAUCAAAAUGUUUUCAUUUCUUUCUUUCUUUUAAUGUAAAUGUAACUCAAGAAUACGAUCAAACUUCUUCCAAUACAAAAUAUUUUCUAAUCUGUUUAUUAUAGCACUGUAAAUUUGUUUUUAUUGUUCAGAAGGUGCAUAUACUAAAGAUAUUUUUAUUUAUGAGCAAAUAUGUGGAGAGGAUUUUGUAAAGAUGUGGGUUAAAGGAAAGGUUUUAUUUUGUUAUACAAAUGUGAGGUUGUGAAAGAUGGUUUGGCAGUUGAUCCAAGUUAGAUAAGGCAAUCACUUGGUAUUAUCAACAUCCUUAUAGUGAAAAGAGUGGAAUAUAUUAUUAUGGGCACUCCCACAGAUAUAGUACAGAAUUAUAAUUUUCUAAGAUGCAGAAAUAUAACUUUUUUUCUAAAAAGGAAAGGAUAAAUAUAUAAUGAAGUUAAUUUUUUAUAAGCUUCACAGGGACAUUACUAAAACUUUAUUGAUAGGGGAGGUAAGUCUUAACGAAAGGGGUUUGGAUGUUGUCCCCCUAGAUAUUUUUUGUCAUCUACUAGUGAAAAAUCUGUGAAAGCUUGUGGGCAAAAUUUGGCUGAAAGUAUACCUGUAUAGCUAUCCUGUUGCUUUUCUUACACACUUUAAUUGAUAUAUUGUAUUAAAUGUCAUUGUUUUGUUAAAGACUGCAAUUGAGUAUUGGAGAUAAUUCAUUAUAAGGAUAAGAUUAAUAGGGAAUUGUAGAUAUGACAAGGAGAUGGAAAAAGUCAUUAACAUCACUAGUCACUAAAAUUUUGCUUUUAGGCUAAACAUGAAGGUUUUCAUAUUUAAUUUUUAAAUAUAUUUCUUUGGAAAAAAAAAACAUUGUGAGGCGAAUGGUAAUGAGAUAUAUAAAUAUUUCAUUAAAUUUAGUAGUCCCUGUAGUUUGCAAAUAUGAAUUUUGGCAAAGGAUCUCUCAUAGUAUUUCUUGUGUGUUUUAAGUUUGCCAUGGCUUGGACAUGAUGACUGUGGGUUUUCUUGAAUGUAAUGCUUUCAUAAUAAUAAGAAUGGUUGAUCAUCAUAGCAAGAAUUCAAGUAAAUAUUUUGGAAAAUAGCAAGCCAGAAAUAUUGGUAAGACUGUCUCGUUAUUUUUUAGAUGAUCAGUCAAGAAUGGUACAUCUAGUUUCAGGAUGUCUACAAAUAUUCACACAAGAGAUUUACACUAUAUAUCACUUUGAGUGGUGACUGUGUCAUUGUAUGUUAUUGAAAAACAUCAUAUACAUAUUCUUUAUUAAAAUAGAUCAGAUUUUAACAAAAAUAAAUCUUCCACAUACAAAGACUUCCAUUGUUCUCGAAAAUACCAAAGAUUUGUUCUGGUAUGGGGUUCCCCCCUUUCCAUGUUUCGGUAUUUAUUGUAUUAAUUGCUAAGACUAGUAAUAAGAUUAUGAGAAAAGAGGAUUAUCUAGGGGAAAAUAUGUUUGAUAAUGUUAAUAUAUUGAAGAUUGUUUAUGGCUGUCAAAGUAAAUAAACAGGAAUUUAUACACUAAUAAUAAAGUGCCAAUACCUCAUACUCUUUUCUUUAUAGACUGAUUAACACAUGUUUCAGGUGUGUUGGUUUUGUCUUGUUAUACCUUUGUUUUGUUUUACCUUAUAAGGAGGAAUUUAUUCUUAUGGAAAUUUCUGUGUAUUUGUAAGGUAAAACAUAUUUAUCCCUUU